CUGGGGAAGGGAGGGGAAGCGAAGGAGGGAGGAAAGCGAAGGGGAGGCGCCUUUCCAUGCAGAGCAGACUGUAAGAACCGCGGUGGCGCUCCGGGGAGCAGCCGGAGCUGGAGCAGCCGAGGGCAGCGGUAGCCGCGGUGGAGGAAGAGGAGGAGGAAGAGGAGCCUGGCCAGGCCUGGGCCUCCCACGCCAUGGAGAUAGAGAAGGAAUUCCACCGGCUCGACCAGGCCGACAGCUGGGCCGCCAUCUACCAGGACAUAAGACAUGAAGCCAGUGACUUUCCAUGUAAAGUGGCCAAACUUCCUAGAAACAAAAAUCGCAACAGGUACAGAGAUGUCAGCCCAUUUGACCACAGUCGAAUUAAGCUACAGCAAGGUGAUAAUGACUAUAUCAAUGCUAGUUUGAUAAAAAUGGAAGAGGCACACAGGAGCUACAUCCUCACGCAGGGUCCUCUGCCAAAUACUUGUGGUCACUUUUGGGAGAUGAUUUGGGAACAGAAAAGCCGUGGUGUUGUCAUGCUGAACAGAGUGAUGGAAAAGGGAUCAAUAAAAUGUGCACAGUACUGGCCACAAAAAGAGGAGAAAGAAAUGCUCUUUGAGGAUACAAACUUGACGUUAACCUUGAUAGCAGAAGAUAUAAAAUCCUACUAUACAGUACGACAGUUAGAAUUGGAAAAUCUCACAACUCAUGAAACUCGAGAAAUUCUGCACUUCCACUAUACAACGUGGCCUGACUUUGGAGUCCCUGAGUCUCCAGCUUCGUUUCUCAACUUCCUAUUCAAAGUGAGAGAGUCGGGGUCACUGAGCCCCGAGCAUGGACCCAUUGUAGUACACUGCAGUGCAGGGAUUGGAAGAUCUGGAACAUUCUGUUUGGUCGAUACUUGUCUCCUCCUGAUGGACAAAAGGAAAGAUCCGUCUUCUGUCGACAUUAAGCAGGUUCUUUUAGAAAUGAGAAAAUACCGUAUGGGGCUUAUACAGACUGCAGACCAACUUCGUUUCUCUUACUUGGCUGUUAUAGAGGGGGCAAAGUUUAUUAUGGGAGACUCAUCUGUGCAGGAGCAAUGGAAAGAGCUCUCUAAAGAAGACUUGGACCCACCACCAGAACAUACUCCCCCACCACCAAGGCCACCCAAACGAACCUCAGAAAUGAAUAAUGGAAGGGUGCAUGAUCACAUGGAGUUUUUUUCAAAGCAUCCAGUGACUGAGGAGGAAAUCAAGUGUGCUGUCAGCACUCUGGAGGCAAAGGUUCCUGAUGGCAGGGCUUGCUCCUUUGAGCAUCUAGUUGUGGAGAGCACUAGUCAAGACACUGAGCUUAGGAAGAGAACUGCCGAUGCUUCCCUUCACAGUGAAGAAAUGGUGAAGCUGGAAGAAGAGGAUGACGAGAACAUGAUGUCAACUUGGAAACCAUUUCUGGUCAACAUCUGCAUGUUCACUGUCCUGACAGCAGGAGCAUACCUCUGCUACAGGGUGUGCUUUCAUUGAUGGACAUACCAGCGAUGGUCCCGAAAACCCCAGUCACUUCACCAGUGUUCUUUGUUACUAAAAAGAAAGAAAGCUAAAGGGGGCAUCCAAGCCAUGUCACGGUGGAAAUAUAUAUUAAGUGUGAGAUGCUGGAACUUUGGUUAGGGCUUAAAGAGGAAAUUGAUGCACUAGGGUUUCAUUUUAGCCCUAUGGUCCCAAGAACAUAAUAUUCUAAUCUCAGGGCCUUAAGAUAUUCAGGAGUAAGCAGAGAAUAUGCCAAAUAAGUCUUGUGUUUUUUCAUUGUUUUUCCUUUUUUUUUAAAUGGAAUAAUAAGAGUUUACAACACAUUGUUGUUUUUUUUAGUCUUUUAAAGCCAGUUUUUGUUCUUUUGGUUGUUUUUUCAGAAAACAAAAUUAGGCACAAGUAGAAAGUGCUUGUAAUUCUCCAAGUGUUUCUAACCAGAUACGUGAUUGGGUUCCUUAAAACGCCACUAUGCGCACACCAUACAUGCACACCCUUGAAGAAUGUACGACUUUCUAAAAUUUUUAGAAGGGAGAGCUCUUUACUGCAUGCUUUUUAAAGACUGAGGACUAUGUCUCUAAAGAACCACUUUUGGGUAACCUCUAUUCCUUAAAUGGGCUGCUACUCAGAAGCUUCAGUGAAUGAAUGGAGAUUUACAUAAUAGCUCGCCCCCAACCCCCAAAGUUGAAUUGCACCCUGGGGGUUUUGGGGGGGGCAGUGCAGGUUACAUGAAUAUAUUUUAUCUUAAAUAGAUUCUUGCUUUCAUUGCAUGUCUAUUGUAAUGGACAUCUGCUAUUGCUCAGGGCAUCCCAACAGGUCAAAUGCUACUCUUCCCCCUCCUUUGGGACAAAAUGAGCAGUGUUUCUCCCACCCAUCCCUAGUUGCAAGUCUUUUGUUUGCACUCUGUUAGCCCACAUAUGCCUGUUGCAUUGCACCAUCAUCGCUUCUCUGUCUCUCCCUCUUUCUCUUUCUCUCUAGAUAGCUUCUUAUCACGAGGGGGAGGGAAACGCAGCCAAAUUAUGUCCACCAGCAUUUGCAAAUUGUUUCAGGUAGUUGCUUUAGAAACUACCAGUUUUAAAAAUUCAUUACCAUAUUUUGGAAUGGAAAAUGCAAUUUCCCUCUAGAACUGCCAUGUGAAUAACAUGCUUUGUGUUCAAAAAAGAAAAGUUUAAUAAGUUUCUCAAUAAAUCCCAAGUAGCUAAUGCUGGGGAAAGCUUCCUUUUGGAGAGAACGUUGGCAGACCUGGCUCUCCAAAUUAAGAAGUCAUUUUGCAAGAUGCAAGCCACUGUGUUGAUUUUUUAAAAUUUUAUUGGCUUUUUUAAACAAAGAUUUCAAGUUUGGUUUUUAUUUGGCUUACGAUCAUGCAGUAGCCUUCUGCAGAGAAGAGAGUGUUCACCCUAACUCAGAACAGAUCCAAGGCCUUUUCUCUUCCAUCGGAAGAUAAAAGAUUUGAGUUUUUUGUUUUUGGUAUAGCAUAGCUUAACUGACCAUAGCUGCUAAAAGAGGAGCAAAAAUUUAGAUCCAUCAUGUAUUUUGUUGCUUUGUUGGAUGAUACAACUAGAGGUAUUAAGCUGACUUUGUCAACUCUUUUUUGCAAGCAUCUGAAAUAAUACAGAAUAAUCUUUUGUCCACAUUGCAGAGAACAAGACAAAAUUCAUUCAUCAAAGUUGUAGCUUGUUUCCAAGUGAAACCAUGAUAAUUGACCUACAGUGUGACUGAUCAGUGCUUUAAAAAUUCUGCAUUUUCAUUAUAUAGCACUUAAGCACCAUCUGUCUCUUUAAAAGUCUAUGACGUAUUAGAUUUUUAACUCCGUAUUUAUUUUUAUUCUCCACAACUCUCACAAACCUUAAGCUCUUCUGUUUUUUCCUUGAACCAUUGAAAUGUAAAUGAAGGGUAUUGGGGAAGGAAGGCAGAAAGGGAAAAAAAGUUGGAUCAAAAAGUCAAGUCAAGCUUGCAUCAAGGGCUUUUCAGAAGUACAAUAAUAAAUCCUCAGGUAGUACUGGGAAUCUUACAAAAAAAAAGUUACCUGUGAGAUUGUUAUUUAGACCAGAAAUGGAAAGAAAUAAUAUUGUUAAGCGGUCAAUAUUUAAUAGUAAUAGUGGAAACAUGAAAAAUAUUGAUAGGAGUAUAGAAAAUGGUAUAAAUAUAUAAUGGCUCAUCUGUGUAUUUUACUAUACAGUAUGUGAUUGCUUUGUCCCCAAUCACAAUCUGUCAUUCAGUAGGCUAUUGUUCAGAAGCAACAUUUGUUACCACGUUUUUAUUCAGAUGCAUGUAUAAAGUCUUCUAAAAGUGUCCUGAUCAAAACCCACGUGCUUGAAAGGUGAAAAAGGUUUAUAUAUCUAUAUAUAUAUAUAUAUUUCUGCUUACUGAUGUACCCAAAUUAAAUUUGCAUGAUACGAUCAUUUAAAUGGCUGUAGUUCCAAGAAGUGUCUUCAUUCAGCCAAUAGACUGGUAGGUCCGUGUGCUCUUUUUUUAACAAAACAAAACAGGUAACCUGUAUCUUGCCUAAUAUUUGGCAUGACUUUCUAUUCAAUUUUAUACGUACGCCAUGUAACCCAAUUGUAUACCACUCAUUUCAGCCACAUAAGUAUAGUAUAAACAUUCCAGAGUGUGUACAAAGCCAUAUUCACACCUCUCGCGUGCGCACGCACAUUAGUUUCCUGGAGCAAAUAGAUGUACCCUGAGGUGCCCAAAUCCUUGGAGCUGCUGUCUGAAACCACAAAGGAGCAGCUUUUUUUUUCUUUUUGCAAAGGCCACCAGAACCAAAGUGAGAUUUGAAGGCUAUGCUUUUUAUUUUAUAGAGGACAAGGGUGUUUGUAUAUAUAAAAUGAAAGCUCUUGAAAAUAGCAGUGGGCGAUAAACUAAUUGUGAUAUUCUUCCUCGUGUGGGUGAGGGGAGAGAAUGAUUGAAUUCAGAAUGUCUCUCCUUAAAAUCCACAGUGACUUGAUUGUACUGUUACUUGCAUCCCUUCAGUCUGGAAGAACUAUCUUCCUCGCUAUCUGGGGGAAGGGAGGGGAGGAGGAAUGAACUCUGGCUGGCCUGUCCCUUUAGGUCCGCCAGUGUUACUGUUUGCCUUUUACCUAUUGCAACUCAAGAAAGAUUUGUACUGUAGUGAAAACAUACAGUAGAACGCCCUAGUAAAGCCCUGUGAGGUGUGUAUAAGGCUUAUAAUGCUGAACUUUGCAAGCAUUUUGUUUUGAAGUCCUGUAUAUGUAUGUAGUAGUUUGGGUGUGUAUAUACAGUAGCAUUUCAAAGUGGAUGUAUUGGUUAACCUAUUCUGGGGGGGGGGGUGGAAAAAUAUCCAUGUUUAAACUUGUUAGAAAGUUAGUGAGCUGCUCUGCUAUAUGCCUUAAGCAAAUAUUUACUCAUCAGGUCUUUCUUUUUUACAGAUUGCCAUAGAAAACUUUUUUUAAAAAAAUCAAAAUUUUUAAAAAAUGAACAAGCUAAAUGUUUUGGUAUAAUACAUUUUCAGGUAUAUUGUCUUUUGUGUAAGGAGCUGCAAUGACCUCAGUUUCAGUAAAACUGUACAGUUUUUCAAUUUCCCAUAAGGUUUUCAGUUCUCAUUUUAGCUGCAACAAUAAAAUUCUUUUGUAAAGAA